AGCUGGUACGUUGUGUGUUUGGAGUUUGACCACAGAGGACAGGCUGAUCUGACAGAAGGCAAUGGAAAUAAUGACUUGGGACACUGAAUAACGAGGAAUCUGAGAUAUAUCCGACUGCUUUUUCACUUGGAGAGCCUGAAAUAAGCCGGUGUGUUUGCGGGGAAGUUUCAGCCAUGGAACCUUCACCGACCGGAAACUUAUCCACCCUAAAAUUCAACCCUCCCUCUCCCACCACCCGGAGGCCAGGCCCUUCCUCUCUCAGCGCAUCUGCUCCUGCAACUACGUCGACCUCAGAAAGGCCUAAGCCUAAACUCACCAUGCUGACACCUCCAACCACACCCUCAUCUUCCCCCUCCACUGCCUCACCUCAGACUUCUCCAGGUCUCUUGUCCCGGUCUGCCUCGCUUUCCACACCUACAGCCUCACCUUUCCGCCAGCCCAUCAGGAGCCUUUCUCAUGUGGGCAGAUCUCAGCUCAAUGCAGCAUCUACAGAGAAUCCCCCAAAUGGAUCGUCAGCCGCCGGAGCUGCUGCUGCUGCUGCAAUUCCACAACCUCCUAGGUCGCCUGAACCAGAAGAGCCAGAGGAAGAGGUCAGUCUGGAGGAUUUGGAGGAGAAAGCAAAGUCAGGCGAUGCAAAGGCGCAGACGAAGAUGGGCCGUUACUUCCUGGCACUGGCAGAAGAAAGCGAUGAAGAACUGAACAACUGCACAGCGGUCACUUGGCUGAUCCAGGCUGCAAAACAGGGCCGCAAGGAUGCAGUCAGACUGCUUCAGCAGUGUUUAGCCUCCAGAAAAGGCAUCACUUUGGAGAACUUUCAGGAGGUGAAGAAGUUGUGUACAGAGACACGUUUUGAGAGAGGAGUCAGGAAGGCUGCUUUGCUCAUGUACUGGAAGCUGAACCCGGAGAGGAAGAAGGAGGUGGCAGUUUCUGAGAUGCUGGAAAACGUUGAACAUGUCCACGCAGAGCCGGGCAAACCAGUUUCCCCUGGUCCACUUAACAGCUCUGCUAAGAAACAGAGGCGAGUCCUGGAGACGAUGGUCACCAGUGAAGCCAGUUCUCACGUGGGUCUUGAUGACUUUGUUGAGAUGACUAAGAAGUAUGCUCAGGGCAUCCCACCGUCUCCAGUCAUGGCUGCUGCAGGAGGCGAUGAUGAUGACGACGAUGAUGAUGUAGUGGUGAAGAAUCCAGAUGAACUGCCCCUGCAUCAAAAGCUGCUGAAGUUUCCUCUGUACGCCCUGCUGGAGAUAAAAGAGCACCUCAUCGACUGGGCGUCACGAGCUGGCAUGCAGUGGCUCAGCGCCCUGAUUCCCACCCACCACGUCAACGCGCUCAUCUUCUUCUUCAUCAUCUCCAACCUCACCAUCGAGUUCUUCAUCUUCCUGAUCCCGCUGCUGGUUUUCUACCUCUCCUUCUUCUCCAUGGUGAUCUGCACGCUGCGGGUGUUUCAGAAUUCUAAGGCAUGGGAGAACUUCCGGGCUCUGACAGACCUACUCGCUCACUUCGAACCUGGUAUUGACCUGGAGCAGGCUGAGACCAACUUUGGAUGGACUCAUUUGGAGCCUUAUCUGUAUUUCCUACUCUCUGUGGUUUUUGUGGUUUUCUCCUUCCCCGUUGCUGAUAAGUCCUGGAUCCCCUGCUCUGAGCUGGCAGCCGUCGCUCUCUUCUUCACCAUCACUGCCUUCCUCAGCCUUCAUGCCUCCGCUCAGCUCUUCGCCCGUAAAGCCCUCCUCACAGAAGUCCUCUCUGGGGCCUGCUCCCUCACUCACCUCCUGCCAGACUCUCUCUGGAUCCUCAGGGUCUUUGGGAUGACCUUCAUCACUGUGCCUCUUGGAGAUAUCGUGGUAUUAAACCUGGGGAUGCCAUGUCUGCUGUAUGGACACCUUUUCUAUCUGCUCUUCCGUAUGGCCCAGCUGAGAGGCUUUAAGGGCACCUACCUGUGCCUGGUACCCUACUUGGUUUGCUUCACCUGGUGUGAGCUGUGCCUGGUGUUCCUCAAUAACGCCUCUGCAAUUGGACUCAUCCGCACCUGCGUGGGCUACUUCCUCUUCCUGUUUGCCCUUCCAAUACUCUCACUGGGCCUGGCUGCCAUGCUCCUCAUCCAGUUAGCGCAGUGGUUUCUCACCCUGGAGCUGACCAAGAUGGUGGUCACGCUGACUAUUUGCUUUGUGCCGGUGGUGCUGAGGCUGUGGACCCGCUUCAGCCUCAACCCCAUCGUGGUUUUUCGCUCUUUGUCGGGGAGCAGCAUCGUCAAGCUCAUCCUGGUGUGGCUCAGUGCCGUGGUGCUCUUUUGCUGGAUGUACGUCUACAGGUCUGAGGGCAUGAAGGUGUAUAACUCCACCCUGACGUGGCCCGAGUACAGCAACCUCUGCGGCCCUCUGGCCUGGAAAGAGCGCAACAUGGCCCAGACCCAGAUUCUCUGCUCCCACCUCGAAGGACACCGUGUCACCUGGACAGGACGCUUCAAGUACGUUCGUGUGACGGACAUUGAGAACGGGCCGCAGGCGGUUAUCAACCUGCUGCCUGGGGCUGUGGGGAACUGGAUGCGGUGCCUGUAUGGCGAGCCGUAUCCUAUGUGUGACGAGGUGAAGAACGCCACGGCUGAGCCUCAGCCUCUGCCUGCUCCAGCUCCUCCUCCAGUGGAUCCCCUCUGUAAACUGAAAAAACUGGCCAAGCAUGAAUGCCACGUCAAACGGUUCGACCGGUACAAAUUUGAAGUCACGCUGGGCAUGCCGCUGGAGAGGAAGACCAAGAACGGGACGAUCGUGGAGGACGAAGACGCGACUAAGGACAUAGUUCUGCGGGCGAGUAAUGAGUUCAAGUCGGUGCUGCUGCACUUAAGCACCGGCAGCCUGGUGGAGUUCAGCACCAUACUGGAGGGACGUUUAGGCUCCAAGUGGCCCGUGUUUGAACUGAAAGCCAUCCACUGCAUGUCGUGCGUGGAUGCCCGCCUUCCCAGCCGCCGGCAGUACAAGAUCGAGCAUGACUGGAGGCGCACGGCUCAGAACGUCCUCCAGUUUGGAUUUGACUUCUUCUUCAACCCUUUCCUGACCGCUCAGCUGGAGCAACACUCAGAGACAGAGACCGAAACAGAGACUGUGACACAGGAGGAAGGAUAGAGGGAAAGAAAUCUGCUGUGUGACUAUGAUAAUUCUAUGUUCAGCCUAAGAACACUGAUAACUGUGCAUUGAAGAGAUUUGCAUUAUUGCUAAGUUACUUACUCUCAGAAGAGUGGACAGAUCCUCAGACAUUGUGUGUUUGCGUUCUUAUAGCUUUUGAGCCAAAAUAUGUGAGUGUACAUAUUAUUGAAAGAAACCUAAUUUUCAAAUGGGAGAAGCACAAACUGAUCAGGUGAUUUAUUUUAACGCUACAUUUAGAAACACGUGAUGUAAACCUCCUCAGCUGUACCUGGUUGUUCUAAACAUUUCAUCUACUGUAAGCUGCUUGCAUGCUCACCAUCGUGAGCCCCCUAAUGAAGUCAUUCUGAUUUGUUUGCUGUACAAACACUACGUCUGCUGCACACAAACCUUUCUGUAUGUUGCUCAAUGUCAUGUCAUGUUUUGUGGCCAAAAUCAUCAGUAUUGACAUUUUACAGUGUGCUGUCACUGCUGUGUAGCCUACAAUUACUGAAGAGAAGUUUUUUUUGUAAUUCUGAUCACAGCUCCUGAAGGUUUCCUGUCAGCCAUUAAUCAUUUAACGUUUUACACAACAUGUCCGAUACAUCAUGUCCGAGCUGGUUGUGUUACUUUCGAGUGCCUUGUUAAGAAAUAGAGUUUUAAGAAGUAAUUUGGGAGGGAAUAGACUAAAUCAUAUCUUUUUAAGCUCAGCUACAUCAGAGCUUUUAUUUAUUACAGAAUAGGUUAACCAAGUUUGACUCUUCUUUCUCCUUCCUUGUUCGUCUCCAUCUCUGCUGUGCAGGGAUUUAAUAUAUUGAACUUCUGCAGUUCCCGAGUGAUGGUGUGUUUUCAGUUAGGAUGUCACGUCUGUUUUCUAUAUUGUGACCUAUAAAUGUGUUGAAACAUUU